UGGCCUGCGGGCCUUGUGUUUGACACAUGGGGUUUAAACUGUCACUCACCAUUUAAGGUGGAACGGAAAAUUCCAGCCUUAAAAUAUAUCAACCCAGCUGGUGGUUUGGCUUGUUAGGAAGUGUGUAGUGAUAAAUUAGAAUCAGCACCUGAUUAAUAAAAGUUCAUAUUUUUAAUAGACGUUAUUUCACGAGAUCGAAGCGAAAGCGAGGUUUGAGCAUAAAGACCGACGCGCGCGAGCUGAAAGUGAGUGCAGUGAAAGUGUCGCGCUGCAUUAUCGCUGCGGAUCGAAAGUGAAAGUAAACUGGCCAUUUGAUCAGCACGCGCGUGGAGGGGACAGGCAGUCUAGAGCCUUCAUGUUGAAAAGAGACGUCACCGCUGAGUUGAAUUGCUCUUGGGAAAUUACCAUUUCGCCCGUGCUGCGGUCUGAAUGGAGCGAGAUUGUUGGGGGAUUUUUUUUCCUUUUUGACACGGCCGUCUCGCGCACAAGGGGGCUUCCCUAGGCAGCUCAGCUCGAGUCAAAAAGCGGCGAGCAGCUUCAAAGCCGAAAGUAAAAUGAUGCAGCGUGCAGCGAAGCAGGCGAGAGUCGGACAGUGAGCGGCGCCACUGAAGGAGGACCCGAGAUUUUGGGAGAAAAGGAAGCCGCUUGAAUCAAACCGCCCUGAGCAAGCAUGAGGGCAGAUGACAGGAGAGGCUGAAAGGACGCUGGAUGGGGCUGCGCGCUCAGCAGGGAGCCGUUCUCACCUGUACGCUCGUUAACACAGCGCCGACGCGCUCACACAGGGCGCUUUCACACCUGCCUCGUCUGCUGCGGACCGGUCCAACUCACGCGUACUGGCCUGCUUUUGGCACGCAUUGAGAAAAAGGCACACAGAACCAUGAGGACAUGAGCUUUGAUGGUUACCACGUUGGCGGAAUGAGUAUCAAAACUUGGGCCUACUCAACUCUUUUGGUUGGAUUUCAUUUGAGCUUGGGUGUUUGUGAAGCCAAGUGCAUCCAAGGCAGUUUUAAAAAUCACGUGACUGACAAUUUAUUAAUGGAUUAUUUGUAUAGGAUCAAGAAUUUCCAACAUCCUUUCGAGCAGACCAAGCCCGAGUACACAGCUCUCUCCAUCUUCAACAUGCUCUGUUUAAGCUGGCUUGAAAACAAGGAUUACUAUGACACUGGAAAUAAUGAGAGUAGUGAAGACAGCGAAACAAAGGAAGAAAGCAGGGAGAAACUCAUGCAUUCAUAUCGAAUUAUUCUGAGUUUAUAUCUAGGCAAUGAAACACGUAAUAGAUCUACUGUUGAGCAGCAUUGUCGGAAACAUGCAUGCAACUUUUCAUACAGCACUAAAGAUCUCAGCCCAAAAGAUCUUCAGAGCAUGUAUUAUGAGACGUGUCACUGGAAUGGAACAUUUCCAGCUUGUCCAUCUCCGCAGGACACAUCGUCUUCAACAGUACAAGCCAGCACUGUGACCACUACACCUGUAACUGCCUACCAAUCGACCACCGUUCCAUCUUCUACUACCAGUCACCAAAGCAUCAAUCCAUCGACUCCCACUUCAUCUUCUACUACCAGUUACCAAAGCAUCAGUGCAUCAGCUUCACCAUUUCAAGUCAGCCAGAUGACAGAUUCACCUGUACCUAAUGAUCCAAUGACUUCCACUCCAUUUUCUACUACCAAUCACCAAAGCAUCAGUGCGUCAGCUUCAACAUCUCAAUUAAGCCAUAUGACAGAUCGAACUGUAUCUAAUGAUCCUUCAACUCCUUCUCCGUCUUCUACUACCAAUUACGAAACUAUCAUAGAUAAUGGAAAAACCUGCCCAAGAAUGGGAGAAGUUGAAGCCCUGAAAUCAAAAAAUCUGGUUUUCACAUUUUUAUUCAUCGUCUCGGGACUGGCCAAUGUUGUCUUGAUGAUCAUCGUGUGGUCCCAGUGCAGGGGACGACGGCAGUAUCCACAGGAGCGCACUGAAGUUCCUCGGCCAGGUGACCUCGCAGAACUGGUGAUCUUGAAUGGAAAUGUAGACCUCCAGUGACGCUCAUGAGAUUCUCAGUCACCAAGCUACUUGAGCUCAGUGUAACAUGUCAGAGGGUCAUCAA